CCCCCUCGCGCCCCUCCGCCGCAUUUCGACCUCCUCUCGCAGCCCUUAGUUCCCCGCCCCCGCUGCCUGAACCCGAGACCCCGAUCUAGUCAAGAUGUCCGAGGCGGCAGGAAAUCUCAAUAGCCUCCGCAUGGCAAAUGUAGCCCUGCAAGAAGAAUUAAAUGCCCUUCGUGGAGAGAAUGCCAGUUUGGGCCUUCAGCUUGGAAGAGCCCUGGCCGAGGUUAAUUCCUUGCGGGGCAAUGUCUCGAGUUACAUCCGCUGGCCAAUGCCCAUAGUGCCUGUACUGGCCGAGGAGAACUUUGAGUUCCCGCUCAAUGAGAUCGACACCAUUCCCCAGGAAGAGGUCCCCUUCUUGUGCUGGCCUCCCCCACGCACGGAUUCCGACUAUGUCUCGAAUGAUCUUUUGAUUAACGUAGUCCAGGACUACAUCACCCCCGACGGGUCCAACGACCCUCUCAGCCCGCCCCCGCAGGCCCUGCCCCCCCCGGCGUCAGAGGAGCCGCCCCCACAGCCGCUUCUGCCACCACUGGAGCGGCCUGACAUAGAGCCCUUUUCAGGCAAUCCAGUCUACCUGGCCGAAUUUCUGAUGCAGCUAGAGACCUUCAUAGCUGACCAUGAGGAUCAUUUCCCCGGGGGCGCUGAUCGGGUGGCCUUUCUGAUCUCCUUUUUCACUGGGGAAGCUAGGGAUUGGGCCAUCUCUGUCACCCAGGAAGGCAGCUCCCUGCAUGCCAACUUCCCGCGCUUCCUGGAUGAAAUCCGUAAGGAGUUCUGUGGCCCCAUUCCCCCACGUGUGGCUAAAAAGGCCAUCCGAAAGCUCAAACAGGGAGAUUGCACCCUGGGCAGCUAUGCUGAUGCUUUUCAGUACCUGGCCCAAUUCUUGUCUUGGGAUGACUGCCGCCUCCAAAACCAAUUUCUCAAAGGCCUGUCAGAAUUCUUCAGAAAGGAGCUCUUAUGGUCAACUGAAAUGGCUGACCUGGAUGAGCUGAUUCUUGAGUGCGUGGAGAUAGAAAGAAAAGUGCGCGUCCCCAAGCCGAUCCCGCUCCCUGGGGUUCGCAAUGUUGUUUUCCCUUUUGCUUCGAACCUUAAUGAGGAUGAAACUGGAGGUGUAGAGCACUACAGUGAAGAUGAGGAUGGAGAGGCAUGUAGGAGUGGGCUUUACCUGAAGGACCAGCCGAACCACAUAAGGGUUUUCCAGCAAGAGAUGAGGGAGGAGGAGGAGGAGGAGGAGGAAGAGGAGAUGAGGAAGGAGGAGGAAGAAAUGAAGGAGGAGGAUGACGACGAGGAAGAUGAGGAGGAGGACUAUGAUGAGGAGGAUGAGGAUGAGGACGAGGACGAGGAUGAGGAGGAUGAGGACGAAGAUGAGGAUGAGGAUGAAGAGAACAAAAAUGAGGAUGAUGAUGACAAUAAGGAUGAGGAACAUUUCGUUGACGUGGGGACCCAGCAGCCAGAGUGCAUGCUAGAGCAGGUGCAAGGGAGAGUGGUGACCUAUAGUGAGCUGGAGGCCCACUUUCUGACCCACCAUCUUCAUCAUCACCACCACCACCUCUACCAGCUGAUGCAAAUGGAGGAGCCUGUCCUGGUUGACACUUCAACCCAAACUAUUAGCUCCGAAAUAUACUAUGCUGAGAAUUUCCUGGAUGAAUCGCCUCCUAUACAGCCGAGCAGACGGAGGAACCAGAAUCGAGUUCCACUUCUGGAGGGCCUUCCAGGUACCAAUUCACCAUUCCACAGCUCGCCACCACUGAUUCGCCGUGCACGUCGCAUGGGGCAACGCCAAAUUCGAAGACGUCCACCAGUGCUGUUCCGCCUCACUCCGAGACAGGGGGGCCACCGAGCUGCUCAUGGCCGAAUUCGCGUGUGAGUACUGGGGCCACAUGGAACACACCCUUCUACUGCGUCCCCUGCCCCUGCUAUUGCUGCCACACGUGCCCCUUCUACUGACCAGUUCUUAAAGGCAUUCCAGACCUGUAUGACCUGAAGAAGACCUGAAGAAUUCCAGACCGUCUUGCAGCCUGACCAGAGAGUGACAAGUGCCCAACCAAGGCCACCUGGGAAAGGAAGGACAACAACAGUUGUCCUGUUGCACGUACUCUGCUCUGUCCUGCCACAAGCUGAAGAGCAGGUUUCUGGGCCUGUUCCCUAAAAAUGAACUGGUCACCCUUUUGUAUUCCUCUCUAGUUGUUCCCAGCCCUCACUCUCCUGUGUUUCUUCACCCUGUGUUCUACAGUUUUAUCCUCUGACUGGCUCACCAGGACUUCACCCAAUGCCUCACUGAUCUGCCCCAAUGAUUAAAAGGACAGGCUACACUGAACUCCUAAAGCCACUGAGGCCAUUUAUUAGGUAAAACUGACUGUGAGCAGGACAGCACCAAGAAAUGUACCCAGAAGCCUAUUCUUAUUUCAUGCCAUACCUCCAGCAAAAAGGCCUGGAAGAGGACCCUACACUUAGCCCAGUGGACAACUUGACUGAGAUUUCUCCUUGACUGACUGGCAGCCUGGUCCAUUUUCAGCACCUGAAUUUACUUUCCUCCAGACUUCUGUAUCAGGGCCCUUGGACCAGCCUGGCCAAAUGUGGGGCCCUCUCCUCUUACCACACUGCCCUCCUGACUUUCCCUGUGGGCAGAAUUCAACAUGCCAGCCUCUGCCCCUUUCCUUGAUGUUGCCUAAAGGGUAGGCAGCUGGGGGUUGGGAAUAGGAAGUGGAAGAAGUCACACAACUCAGUUUGACAUCCUAAGGAAUAACUUUUUCUUUAGGGAUGGAGGUCUGCCCCCAUUGCAGGCCUUAGACUACUGCCCCCAGCCAAAGGUCUCUGCAGGUGACUUUCUGGCCUUGAGUACUAUCCUUUCCUUCCAGGACAGCCAGAGAGAGAGAGAGAGAGAGAGAGAGAGAGAGGGGAGAGAGAGGAAGGUUGGUUCUGCAGAGACUAUACCCACUGCAGCCUCAUGGCUGGGACAUCCUUGGGGAUCUCAUGAGUGAUCAACCCCUGGCUGCCACUGUGCUUAAAUUAAAUGCUGAGGCUGAAGGGUAUGGCUGCCUCCAAGGCACUCCUAGGACUUCUGGGCACAAACCCAAGGUGCCUCAUAAAGAGACCUGCUGCUCACCCUGGGUCCAGAAAACACUGCUUUUGCAGUGAAAAAUAUACAUUUACUAUGUCAGCUCUGGCUACAAAAUGCCGACCAAAUCAGCAGCUGGCCCAAACUGCCCCUGGACACUGAACUUUCUGUGCAGUGCCUGGCACCUGGGAAAGGGCAGCCAAAGUGUCUGUGGCCAGAGGGAAGAAAA